AUGACAAUUAGCAGCCACGACUCAAAGCACAACGAGGAUGUGAAGAUUGAAAUACAAGAGAGUCUACCCUCACCACUUCUGGAAGGGUCUGCUGAAGAGCAGGCACUCGUUCGCAAGUUGGACAAACGCAUCAUGCCCAUCGCUUGCGCUCUUUACCUCUUUUCAUAUUUGGAUCGCAGUAAUUUAGGGAACGCACGUCUACAGGGAUUGCCCGAAGAUGUGUUGGGCGGCGACCCUACUGGUGUGCUGUUUGACUGGAUAACGUCUGCAUUCUUCCUCGCAUAUAUCUUGUGUCAGAUCCCAGCGACUCUGUUGUCCAAGCUGUUUCGCCCCCGCCUGUGGGUGGCAGCCGCAGGCCUGGGAUGGGGUACUUGCGCGACAUUGAUGUCUACGGGCUUCAACUUCGGCAGCCUGCUCGCCGCUCGGGCGUGCAUAGGGGUCUUCGAGUCUGGGUUCGGCCCAGCGAUUCCCUUGUAUUUUUCCUUCUUUUAUACGAGGAAGGAAAUUGGCCUUCGCAUGGCUUGUUGGUUUGGUUUCGCCACAGUAGGCGGCGCGUUUGGGGGCUUGAUAGCAUUCGGCAUCCAGAACGCCAGCCUACCAUUUCAACCGUGGAGGCUGUUGUUUAUCGUCGAGGGUCUUCCACCCGUCGUGUUAGCGAUAUUUACUGCUUUCUUAUUUCCCGAUCGUCCAGAGUCAACAACCUUUUUGAACGAAGAUGAGAGAAGGAUUGCUAUAGCCCGCAUGAACAGAGCUACCAGCGGAGAUGUCGGUGCUUCCGUCAACAAAGCGCAUAUUUGGGCCGCAUUCCGCGACUGGAGGAUUUACGUCGGUGGUGUGAUAUACUUCGGGUUAAAUUGUGCGCUUGCGUCGAUUGGUGCAUUCCUACCAACAAUUAUCCAGACAUUUGGCAAUUCUGCUGCUGUAACGCAGCUGUUAACCGUCCCCCCUUACGCCGUCGCGUUCGUCAUCUUGGUCUCUUUCUCGUUCGCAUCGGAUAGGCUACAGAGCCGUGGUGUUUUCAUGGGAGUCGCGAGUGUAAUCGGCGCAAUAGGAUAUCUACUCUUGUUGGUCGUCCACGACAAUGUACGCGUGCGCUAUUUUGCCACCUUCUGUAUAACAAGCGGCACGUACACAACUAUCGGGCUUAUCAUGGCUUGGUUUGCACACAAUCUCGGAUCAGAAACCAAGCGAGCUGCAGGCAUACCUAUGUUUAUGUCCAUGGGUCAAUGCGGUAGUGUCUUGGGUUCGCACAUCUUCCCACAAAGCGAAGUCUCUUGUGCGCUGGAGCUUUUAGCUGCCGUUUGUGCUGCCAUAUUGUCGAUUUCUUAUCGCCUAGACAAUGCUAGAAGAGAUCGUGUGUACGGUCGACCAAUUCCUGGUGCUAGGGUAGAUACACAGAUUCUAGCCGACAAGGUAAACCCGCAUGGCUACUUUAGUUGA